AUGCUGCCCUACGCUAUUCGGCAGAUUGUGUGGAUGCUCACCAGUGCCCUGCAGCUGAUCUAUGCGCUCAGCACAGGGGUGGUGUGGGUGAUGCAGAUGCUGCGGCUUUUUGUCUACGGCGCCUGCGUUGGGGUGUGCUUUAUCCCGCACUGGUGGUGGUACCUGACUUCGCCCAACAUCAUUCGCCGCGUGUCGUACCGUUCCUCCGAGAAGACGAAGCAGCGCAACAUCUUGCGCGUGUUGGAGGCAGAGGGGGUCGACCUGCGUGAGGUGCUGCGCAAGGACUCCAUCACGCAAGCAAUGCAGCCAUCACAGCAGAUGCAGCUACCACCGUCCCCAGCCGCUGCGGCGGCGGCGGCGGCGCGUCGUCGACGUCAUUUAGCGAUUGCGGCUGCCUCCGGGCAGAAGGAUGGAGCAGCCAGAGAUGGCACUGACACCCUACCCCACACGGUCGACGGCGAAGUCGAUGAUCGUUCUCUCUCCCAGCUGCAUAACCCCUCCCCCUUCUCCACUCUGCGAUGCUGGGAAGCCUCUGGAAGCGGGUAUGGCCAGCGCACACCGCUUGGCCUCAGCAGCGAGCCUUUAGGCCGUGACUCCGACAGCUACGAUGAGGCCAGCUUCGUAUCCUCGUCUUCGCAGCGCCGCCGCCGCCGUCGCCCAACAUCAUCGUGCUCGACGCUGAUCAGACCAUGUCACGGCGGCACCGAAGCCUCCACGAGCGGCCCACCCGUCGCCACGACGCUUGAACGACUGAUGGGCGCCGUCACAUGCAAUCUAAACCCGGCUGACGGCUCCGCCAUGCGUAGCUUGCCACUGCGAUGGCGCCAGCAGUCACAACCUCAGCGGCUCAUCAUCGAAGACGCCGCUGCGCACCGCUUGCGCGAGCCAGAAGAAGCCAUCGAGCGGCGGCAGGAUGUUCACAACGGCCCUUCUGUGACUGCCACGGCACGCGCCAAGGCACACGGCAGCUCGUCAUCAAGCGGUGGAACAGAAACCCAGCCUUGCAAGCCUCGGCGUGAUGCCGCAGGCGACGAGGCUGCCGUCUUCCGCGCAGCACCGGCGGACAGCACGGAAGAGCACAGGAAUGGGUGCAGACUUCGCGGCAGCCCGCAGCGCGUGCAGGGGUACGAAGGUCGUCCUGUGCACUACAAGACUCUGCCCAAGGCGAACCCCUCAAGCGACCCGAUGCUGCGCGAUGUGCUCGCCGCCUUCCACGAGGCGGAGGCGUCGGACGUGACGGUGGGGCUCUCACAAGCCGGCCACCCGCCAGGGCCGCAUUCGCGACGCCAGCCCAGCGGCGCGGCAGCGCGGCGGCCGCGUCGGCAACGUGGAGCACCGUCGCCACAGCGCCGCGGAAGAGCUACGCACAAGCCGCGUGCGCAACCGCAACACAAGCCGCGCGCCCGCACGUUCCCCGAAGAACACCUCUUUGCCGAACUUGACGAGGAGGAUGACGAGGAUCGCAUGAACCUGCACAACCGCGCUACCGUCGACAUUGUCCUGCCCGCGCCGCUGGACGCCAUCAUGAAGACGCUCGAAUACACCCAGCAGAGCAAGCGGCUGCGCCGCAAGCGUUUUCCUAUUGUAAUCGACGUCUCAGGGGUGGUGUGGAUCAUCGGCAGCCACCUCUGGAGCACCAUGAUAGCGCGGGUGCUGGCACAGCGCGGCUACGUUGUCUUUUGCCCCGACUACCGCAACUUCCCGCAGACGACGAUGGAAGGCAUGACGCUGGACGUCUCGGACGCCAUCGCGUGGGUGCUGAAUAACGCGGAGCGCUACAACGGCGACCUGAACAAUGUGACGCUGAUUGGGCAGUCCGCCGGUGCGCACCUGACGAUGAUGUCGCUGCUGUCGCAGGCGCAGCUCUCCGCGUACCGGCACAACGCCGAGAAGGGCAUCCACGAAGGCGUUCCACCGCCGUCGGACGUCGCCUACAACGUCCCCCGCUACAACCCGCGUGAGUCGAUCCACCGCUACGUCGGCCUCAGCGGCAUGUACAACAUCGAGGGUCUCGUGGACCACUUCCAGGCCGCCGGUCUCACCACCCCGGUGCUGUACCAGAUCGCCGGCGGCCGGGACCAACUAGCGCGCUACUCCAUUCACGCGUACUUUGACGACCGCCGCGGCGGCGACACGGGCGAGGUGCUGCCGGACAACAUAUUUGACUUUUUCCCACAGCGCAUGUUCUUUGUGCACGGCGACGCGGACACGAGCGCGCCCGUCACGGAGAGCACGUCCCUUGUCGGUAUGAUGCGGGCGGCGCAGGAGCGCUACACGCUGCGGCGCAGUGCAUGCAACGAGGAGGCGCGGCGUCACGCACAACGCAGUCGUCGCUUGUUGCCGGGCUCCUUGGCUGCCGCCGCCGGUGAAGUAAAGAGCAGCAGUGCGGCCACAGCGGCCGGUGUCUUCCCAAGUCCCUUGACGGGAUUGCCGUCGCGGCAUGCCGCCGUGGCGGACUUCGAUACGGUGGGCUCGGCAGCAGCCGCGACGGCUGCCGAACAGGCGGUUGGCGCGGCCGUGAGGUUGGCCGACAACGAGGAGCUCAUCUUUGUCCACAGUAAGGACCUUGUCGAUACCGGUGCAGCACCGAACGCGGCGCAGCAGCCGCAGUACUCCUAUGGGUCAGGCGCGCCUCGUGUUAUGAUUCUGUCGCCGACGAUGAUCAGCCCCAUCAUUCCACCCUCACGCGAGGACCGCCCUCAGCCGCCGGUGGAGCUUGCCUUUCUCGUCAUCCCUGGCGGUCGACACUCGGACGCCUUCGUGGAUGAAUGCAUCGCCGCGGGUCGCAGCUGCUGUGUUGACUUUCUGUGCGACUACGAGUCGACGAUCGACCUCCAAGGCAACGCCCUAGAGCCGGGCUCGCACGGGCCCAACGCCGAGGGUGCCAGUGGAAGUUCCCUCGGCGACUCGGUGUGGGCCUCGUCCUUGCCGGAGGCGGACAAGGCGCCACUCUCAUGGGCGCAUGCAACAGAGAUGAGUGUGAUGCCUGACGCCGUGUUGCCGCUUGCCGUACCCUACGAAGAUCGCUCGCUGCCACUGCGACUGUGCAGAAUGAUCUGUCCAUUCUAA